UACAUUUUUUAUCAGUAUUAGCCGGGCAGUACUACGAAUGGGUUGAUAAUAUUGAUAAAUUCCGAUAAAGAUUGUGCUGGUUGUUAGCAUUUCUUGUUUGAGAAUUAUGUGUUAACGUUCAUUUUUAAAAUAUUUUUUUAUCUGUUCAGUGAUUGUUUUAUUGUUUUAAAAUGCGUGAAAUAGUGCACGUACAAGCUGGCCAGUGCGGAAAUCAGAUUGGAUCAAAGUUCUGGGAGAUAAUAUCAGAUGAGCAUGGCGUCGAUCCUUCUGGAUAUUAUAAUGGGGAGAAUCAACUACAGCAAGAGAGAAUCAAUGUUUAUUAUAAUGAAGCAUCUUCAGGCAAAUAUGUCCCUCGAGCCGUAUUAGUGGAUUUAGAGCCAGGCACUAUGGACGCCGUGCGUUCCGGUCCUUAUGGACAACUGUUCAGACCUGACAACUUCGUGUUUGGACAGAGCGGUGCUGGUAACAAUUGGGCAAAGGGACACUAUACGGAGGGCGCGGAGUUAGUAGACUCCGUGCUUGACGUUAUAAGGAAGGAGGCAGAAGGUUGUGAUUGCCUGCAAGGUUUCCAGUUGACGCACUCCUUAGGGGGAGGGACUGGGUCAGGUUUGGGAACGUUAUUGUUGAGUAAAAUACGAGAAGAGUAUCCCGAUAGAAUAAUGAAUACUUUCAGUGUGGUACCUUCUCCUAAGGUGAGCGAAGUGGUCCUAGAGCCGUAUAACGCGACGUUAUCUGUACAUCAACUGGUAGAGAACACGGAUAUGACAUUUUGUAUCGACAACGAAGCGCUCUAUAACAUCUGCUUCAGAACGCUGCGACUGGCCAGUCCGAGCUACGGGGAUUUGAAUCAUCUGAUAUCGCUGACGAUGUCGGGUGUAACAACUUGUCUGCGUUUCCCGGGACAAUUGAACGCAGAUCUAAGAAAGUUGGCUGUCAACAUGGUCCCGUUCCCUCGACUACAUUUCUUUAUGCCGGGUUUCGCUCCGCUGACGGCUCGUAACUCGUUUAAUUACCGAGCACAGACGGUACCUGAACUCAUGAGUCAGAUGUUCAACCCGGGGAACAUGAUGACUGCGUGCGACCCGCGCCACGGACGAUACCUCACAGUGGCCACUAUGUUCAGAGGUCACAUGUCUAUGAGGGAAGUUGACGAUCAGAUACUCGCGAUACAGAAUAAAAACUCAAGUUAUUUCGUGGAAUGGAUACCUAAUAAUUUAAAGGUAUCUGUAUGCGAUGUCGCUCCUAGAGGAUUGAAAAUGUCAGCGACCUUUAUUGGCAACUCAACAGCAAUACAAGAGAUAUUUAAACGUAUAUCUGAACAGUUUACAGCAAUGUUUAGAAGACGGGCGUUCCUUCACUGGUACACGGGGGAGGGUAUGGAUGAAAUGGAGUUUACGGAAGCUGCCAGCAACAUGGCGGACCUCAUCUCGGAAUAUCAACAAUAUCAGGACGCUCAAGUGGACGAUGAAGAGAUAGAAUUCGAUGAAGAACAAGAAUAUCCUUUAAGAGAUAUUUCACAGAUGGCGCGCUGAUCGCAUUUAUAUUAACUAUUUUAAUUAAACAUAUGAUUAAAUACAAUAUCUUUUAUUAUCUA